AUGUAUAACUUCAAAACACAACAACUACUAUUGUUGUUGGCCACACUACUGUUGCUCAGUGGCAGUGGUGGUUGGACACUGACCUUGACCAAUGCUCAAUACGUCCAUAUGCUGCACUAUACAGCUGUUGGUUGUUCCUCUGAUAUAAUCAAGGCAUCGUCGUAUAAGAUCGACUCUUGCUAUGCCGGAGUGACAGGCUCUUAUGGCUACACGAUGACCACAGCCAAUCAGAUCACAUUCAAUCAAUACCUUACACCCAACUGCACUGGUGCCGUCAACAAGACCGAUCUAUUCACUCCCGGCAAGUGCUCCAUGACCUACCUCUCCUCCAUGGCACUACUAUCCGACACAAUCAUCAUCCCCACCGUGUCCAAGAACUUCUACGAGAAGUAUCCCGUUGGAUUUGAUUGUAAUAAUGAUAAUGCGGCAAGACAUAGUAUGAUUAGUGGCUAUUGUGUGCCUAAUGAUGUGUGGAAGGGACAGGUGGUCAAUACCGGCAUAUCGAUGGCGUAUGAGUUGGCGAAUGUUCAGUGUCUAGGAGCCAAACCCGCGGACUUUGCAACCUACCUGGCAGGCUGCUCAGCAGCAAACUUGUACAAUGUUGCCAACGCUUUCUCUGUGACCAGUCCUCUUUCUAUGUCAGUGCAGGUAUCAGUCACCGGCUAUGACAGUGUCAGUGUGACAGCAGCACAGUUUUCUGGUUGGAUUGGAAUGGGACAUCUGUUUGAGGUGUUCUAUUCGACGACCAGUGGCAACUGGGCACGUCUCAAUCAAUCUGCUGGCACAGGUGUGGCACAGAGAUGUUACUCUACAUUACUACCAUGUACCAUAUCAAGCAUACCAAUCGGUACCAGUGUCUCCAACACUGUCAUCAGUCUCAAGUUCGUCUUGGCCGGCAUCGACUACUUCGCGUCCAAUACGCCACCAUCCUACACAGCAGGUGGCAUCAAAAUGCCUUCAUCUCCAACAAUGCAGAACCUUGUGAUCAAGGACCAGACAACUAGUUCAAUCACAUUUAACUACACAGCUGCUGGUGGAUAUAAUGGACUCACCUUUGUCGUAACAGUGAAUAGCUUGCAGAUCAAUACACAAGCAUGUACAACUGGUCCAACUUGUACUGUCACUGGCCUACCAGUGGCCAGUCAACCAGUGAUUGUAGUGUACGCCACCAGUUCAGGAAGGAACUCACCUAGUGUGACACAAACCGGACAGCUGCUCAAGGGUGUCACCAUGGCCCCGCUCACCGUUGACAUUGGCACGACAAGGAAGAACAUCACCGUGCACUAUGUAGGGUCAGGCGGAGACAUAAGACAGCCAUACAGCUACAGCACCUACCUCAAUGGUACUCUCAAGUGUAAUACUACCGCCUCAUUCUGCUCAGUCACCGGACUCUCUUUGGUAUACUAUGAUAUCAAGGUUGUCGCCACCAAUGAUGGACAGCAGAGCACACAAAGCACAUCGGUAAACCUAGCCGUCAUCCCUCUGCAACCUCCCAACAUCACAGCCAUAAUAGGUACGACGCAUGCUACCAUCCAGUUCUACGCAUCUGGCGGCGAGGACAUCAUCGCCACAGUCUACAACGUGACGGUCAAUGGAGUGUUGACCUGUAUCAAGACUCUCCAAUCGACUUGUGAGGCCAAGGGUCUGGCGCCAUUCACAACAUACAGUGUUCAAGUCACCGCCACCAAGGGAGCGACCACAACAGGUGCCACCUUUCAGUUCCAGACCUAUCAAUCAGUUGACAUGCCAACAGUGAUCGCUACACAGAACUUGAACAACACUGUCACCAUCCAAUACUUUGCGGACCAUGGUGUGCCAUUCAACAGCACAUUCACUGUUCGUGCCAAUGGUACCUUGAUCCCACUCUGUGUCAACACCACCGCGACUGUAUGCCAACUCUUCAAUCCCAACCUUGGCCAAUACUACCAAUUCAGUGUCAAUGUCUACAAUGAUGGCGCCAGCAAGACUGCCUACCAAGAUAUCAUGCUCUAUACAUAUCCAACAACAUUCUCAAUAACAAAGAUGUUGGCAACAAUGUCAUCAAUUGAUGUUGAGUGGAACGCGAGUACUGGUGGCGCGCCAGACUCAUCAUACUACACUACAGCAGUAUCUUUGAACAAGGUAGUCUGGAGUGAUGUGUGUGUCAAGUCCUUGGAGCUAUCAUGUCAAAUCAAGAACCUACUACCCAACACGAUACAUUACAUCCGUGUCACAAUGACCAACUACAUCUUUACGCCAGUGGUGGCAACAUCCAACAACUCUACUCUCUCACUGCCAGUCACCAUCAACUACUGUUUGAAUGCACAAGGUGUCUCAUGCUCGGGCAAUGGCAACUGCACCAACAAUAUAUGUUUGUGUAACAAUCAAUGGAAGGGACAGUAUUGCGAGGAGCGUAUAUCCGAUCAAAACACAAACAAUGGAACUAUUGGACACGAUCCCAACUCACCUGGAAUCAACGUCACGUCCAAGGGCGUGUACUUCUCAUUCGCUGUCAACAAAAUAAUUGAGCGUGACUCUGUCGGCAUCAUUGUCAAGCAGCUAAACAUGACCAAUCUGGUGUGGUUCUUGAUGACCAGUUCCAACUCCACUGUUACCGUGCCCACCACCAACGACACUGUCCUCGAGACGCGUCUAACCUACAUCUCCAACACCUCCACCAACCCAAUGGACUCGAUCGAGGUCACCUUCCUCCAGUACCAUGCCAUCCAAGGAGUAACGAGGAUGUCCAACGUCAUGUUUGAGUUUGCCAAUCAACAGUUUACAAUCGACCUGGGCUCAAUCAAGUAUAACGUGGCCAUCAACAAAUGGAAGUUUACAAGUUAUUUGAACACAUUGGAGAUACACAGCACUGUUUCCAGGAUCAAUGGAGGCAGCUGUGACGAGACAAUACAGGGACGACUACUCAAUAAUGGACCAAUAUCAACAAUGAACAUCACAGACUCAAAUGGAAACAACAUUGUUGGAAGAUUCAUCAAUCGUGUUGUUCUGGAUCAGACACCUCGCCUGCUUAACCUCUAUGAGCUGGACCAGGAGAGCAAGGAGAACAUGACGAUCGUAGCAGUGGCACCGGCAUUCUCUCAGAGACUCGAGAUGGAUCCUGACUUUGGAUUCUUGGUGCGUGGCGACUCGUCAGUACCAAGGAACACUUGUCAUCAACCAGAUGACAACAAAUGGAAAUUGAUCACUGGAGUCGUUGUAGGUGGCGUUGUACUCUUGGCUGUGGCCAUCACAGCCACAAUAUUCAUACUAAAGAGGAAUGCUGUUUAUAUCAAACAUCAUCUAAAACUAAAUAAGAUAAAGAAUGAUGAAUAA